GGAGAGGUUGCGUCGUAAAUUUUUGUAUAGAAAGGUUUAUUCGUAUUGUUUUUUACGUAUUUGAUUACUCAGUGUAAAGAAAUACACUUUUUGAUGAAUAAUGUUGAAAACUUUUAAGAAUAACCGUAUUGAUUCGUGCAUUUAAAUCGUUUUUCUUGUGAAUUUUUACGAUUUAUACGAGUGUGUAAUCUUGUAUCGGCGAGAACUCAACGUUGUUGGACAGUGGUUGAAAAAAAUGUGAAGAAAUUGUGAUUUUGGUGAACUGUUGGUUCUAAUGAGGACCUUAUUUAUGGCAUAAGGAGGGACAAAGUUAAAAAAAAAAUCAUGAAGUGUUUAAUAUUUCUUCUGCUGUUGCCGGCUUGUCUAGCACAUUUGAAUGUUUAUUUAAGCAGUGCUGAAGUAUGGAGAUUGCUCGGAUUAACUGCGGAACUGUUCUACGUCCGCGACGGCCAGAUCAACUCGUACGCGCUCAACUUCGUGGUGCCAGUACCGGCCACCAUCAGUGAGCUACACUUCACCUGGCAGAGCCUCGCCAGGAGACCGCUGCCGUACACGUUACACGUAGACGUGGCGUCAGAGCCAGAGGCGAUGCACCCGCCGACCUUCAACAUCUCUAGCGCGGGCUACGUGCCCACCGAGACGCAGACGUGGCGAGUCGACCUGCCCUGCAUGGGGAACGUCGCCGCCGAGGUCAACAUCACCAUAUCGCUCAACAUCUCCACCGGCUCCUCCUCCACUAUCUUAAAUUUCCGGAGGCGGAAAAUAUGCCUCAAAGAAGCACCUCGACCUGCAGUCAGGGUCGAUGGCGUUCCGCACGCGCCGACUUCCGCAGAUAUAUUCUACGCAGGCGCAGGCUGCGCUGGAGGAGUACUCCUGAUAGCCGCCGUCGCAGCAGUCGCUUGCAAGGCGCGGGCUCGCAAGCUGCGGCGAGCGAGGAGCGACGAGCAGGACGCGCACGCAUUUCUACCGGACUCCUCCUGCAAGUCCGCCGCCAGCUACACAAGCUACCGCCGCCCAACCUCACUGCCCGCCGUCGCUGCCGAGGAGAGGGCCAGAGACCUGCAGCAGAGGAUAGCGGAGCUUACAAUACAGAGGUGCCGUGUCAGGCUACGCGCGGUGGCGAUGGAGGGUACGUUCGGAAGAGUAUACAAGGGCACGUACGCCGACGAGGAGGGCAGGGAGCAAGAAGUUUUGGUUAAAACUGUAGCUGAGCACGCAUCACAAGUGCAGGUAUCGUUGCUACUCCAAGAAGGCUGCAUGCUUUAUGGUUUACACCACGAGAAAGUGCUAUCGGUUCUCGGAGUGAGCAUUGAGGACCAGACGGCCCCAUUCCUGUUAUACCCGUGGAACAGCGGCUGGAGGAACCUGAAGCAGUUCCUGCUAGCGUGCCGUGGUGUAGGCGUGGGGGGCGCGAGUGGUGCGCCUCCGCCGCCCCCGCUCACCACACAGCACGUGGUGCGCAUGGCGCUGCACGCGUUAGAUGGCCUGGCGUAUUUACAUUCCCAACACGUGCUACACAAAGAUAUAGCCGCCAGAAAUUGCAUUGUAGAUGAAAACCUUAGAGUGAUGAUAGCGGACAACGCGUUGUCUCGAGACCUGUUCCCCGCCGACUACCACUGCCUGGGUGACAACGAGAACAGGCCCAUUAAGUGGCUGGCACUGGAGUCGCUGUCCAGGCGACAAUUCAGCCCGGCAGCUGACGUGUGGGCUCUGGGCGUGCUACUGUGGGAGCUCACCACGCUCGCGCACCAGCCUUACGCGGAGGUCGACCCGUUCGAGGUAGCGGCCUACCUGAGGGACGGUUACCGAUUACAGCAACCUGCCAAUUGUCCUGAUGAAUUGUUUGCUGUGAUGGCGUACUGCUGGGCCAUGUCGCCCGAUGACCGGCCCACGCUGCCGCAGCUGCAGACAUUCCUGCGCGACUUCCAUACGCAGUUGACACGAUUCGUCUAACUCUGUGCCACAUCAAUCAAAGAAAACACAAUCCAAAGACAAUAAAUAAUGUGAAAAGUGUGUGCGAAAGUGAGCUGAGACCAUGAAUAGACUGAUUUUUAUAAAAGUGUUUAUUAAAUUGUAAAUUAUAGAUGUUUUAUAAUGAAGCGACUGUCGUUCUGCCUAUUUUACGAGUACGUAUAACGCGUUCGAGUCUCGUUGCGCAUUGUUCCGAACAAAUAGAGGACCUUUUACGAGCACGGCAAAUUUAUAACAUGUGCACAGAACGUGCGAAUUUUAAUAUUACACUGGCAACACCACCCUGUGUAACCAGACUAAAUAAAUACAGAGAUUUUAAAUUGUUUCACACAUUUUAAAUGUACCAACUGAUGUGCUUCCAUAAAUACCAGGGCUGUUGUGAUUAAGAGGGCUUGAGUCGAUAUGAAAAAAUACA